UAUCAAGUGUGGUCAUGGUUGGUUAUUCAACUCGGUGACACGUCCUACGACGGGGAGCACCGUAGCUGCAACCGCGUUGUUGAAAUGUUUACAUCUUCAACAACAGACGCCACGAAGGGGAGGAUUCUAAAUGAUUUCCGGGCCGGAAGAGUUCGCGUCGUUGUGGCAACAGUCGCCUUUGGGCUUGGAAUCGACAUUCCGGACGUGCGGCUCGUGGUCCACUGGAGCGCACCGCACUCUAUCCUGUCUUACUGGCAGGAGAUUUGCAGAGCCGGUAGGGAUGGAGAUCCCGCUCUUGCUGUGGUUUUCGCGUACCCGCGGUCCAUAACGGAUUGCGAUGACGCUAUGAAGACCAUGGUGAAUGGGACGGAAUGCGUCAGACGUACCGUUCUGAAGGAGCUAAGAACUAAAGACAUGAAUCCUAUUCCGGCCCAAGGCGAUGGUUGUCAAGAUGACACAUGUGAAGACUGUGUUUGCCAGUUGUGCAUUUGUUGUAACAGAUGCUCACGAAGCUGUACUUGUUUUGGAGCGUGUCCGGACAAACUAUUAUGAAGUUCUCUUUAUGUUGAUUGUUUUGUGACCAUUAUCAUGGGUUUAGCGUUAUUUCGAUUGAUUAAUUCUAGUAAGUGUGUGUCUAUAAUUAACACUUACACCGAAUAGUUCUAUUAGUGCUAUUUUCACUGUUUACUGGCAGGUAGUAACAUUUGUGCAUAACAUUGUUGAUAUUUAUAAUUAUA